UUUCAGAUUUAGUAUUAUGGAGGGUAGAACAUGUGAAUCCCCGGGGUGUUCUGAGCCUGCUAAGCUUCAGUGCCCAACAUGCAUCAAACUCAAUAUUCAGGGUUCAUUCUUCUGUAACCAGACCUGCUUCAAGGGGAACUGGGAUCUGCAUAAGAACCUGCACAAGCUCGCCAAGAGUGAUGUGGCCAGUCAGUCCAGUAAGAAGGGGGCUGGACUCUUCAAUCCCUGGCCAGGAUACAGUUUCACAGGUAAACUGCGACCUGCCGCGCAGAGUUCUACACGAGUAGUUCCUCCUCAUAUCCCUCGGCCCGACUAUGCUGACCAUCCAGAGGGGUAUCCGCUCUCAGAGAUGAAACUUAAGGGCAACACAUAUAUCCGACAGUUGGAUGAUGAUGAUAUUGCCGCUAUGCGAGUUGCCUGUAAACUUGGCAGAGAGGUUUUGGAUGAAGCAGCUAAGGCUAUUGGUCCCGGUGUAACUACAGACGAAUUAGACAGAAUAUGUCAUGAGGCAAGCGUAGACAGAGAUUGCUAUCCCUCCCCUCUCAACUACUACCAGUUUCCUAAGUCCUGCUGCACAUCUGUUAACGAGGUUAUUUGUCAUGGUAUCCCUGAUAUGCGACCUCUGCAGAACGGAGAUAUUUGUAAUGUGGAUGUAACCGUCUACCACAGGGGAUAUCAUGGUGAUCUUAACGAGACCCUGUUUGUUGGCGAGGUAUCGGAGAAGGCCAGGAACCUUGUUACCAACACCUGGGAGUGCCUGGAGAAGGCUAUAGUGGAGUGUGUAAAACCCGGAACCAAAUACAGAGAAGUUGGUGAUGUGAUACAGAAACAUGCCACCUCAGGAGGAUACAGUGUAGUCAGGUCCUAUUGUGGACAUGGGAUCCACAAACUGUUCCACUGUGCUCCGAAUGUGCCUCACUACGCUAAGAACAAGGCUGUUGGUGUGAUGAAGCCUGGUCACUGCUUCACUAUCGAACCUAUGAUAAGUGAAGGUCUCUGGGGAGACACCACCUGGCCUGAUAACUGGACAAGUGUCACACAGGACGGAAAGCUAUCAGCUCAGUUUGAGCAAACUAUGCUGGUUACAGAUACAGGAGUGGAGGUACUGACAGCACGCCCAGGGGGGAAACAGCAUACUCCGUACUUCAUGGAUUCAUGAGCAUUCAUUCUUAUCAAUAUAUCAUUUACUACA